CGACUUGCUCCUGACCGUGACCGCGUUCAACUGAUCAGGCCGUUCAGCUCGCACUCCUUCCUCCCUGCACGACUCUUUCUCUCAAUCGUAUCCUGCCUAUGGAGAACCCACACGCUGAGCGUCAGGCCGCUUUGCUGCAGCGUAUCUUGAAGAACGUGUCGAAGUGCAAUGAAGCCUUUCACGAGGUCAAUACAUGUAUGGAUGAAAUCAUUCGCGCGAAUGCCCCUGUGAAGACGGCUGCUGAGCUCGCGAUGAAGUAUAAGAGGAAUGUCCUUUACAACGCCAAUCUGGAGGCUGGCGGUGAUCCGAAGGCUCGACCUUGACAAUACCGCGAGGAGGGCCACGCCAGGAGAUGUCAACUGAUGUUUUAACGAACUAUACCUGUAUUUGCCUUCUAGUGAGCUCUCUGUGCAAUAACCCAUCCUCUCAGUAACGCUCUUAUACUGCUUCAGACUAAUGUAACUAUACAACAUAACCG